GAAGACUCUUAACUCUGCAGCUUCAUUUCAGCAGCAGUACUCAUUCUGCACUCUAUAAACCAAACAUGGAAAACAACUUUGGACCCAUCAGAAGAAAUGACACGGAGCUGAGGAUGGUGAUGGUGGGGAAGACUGGAAUUGGGAAGAGCGCCACUGGAAACACCAUCCUGGGACGACAGUUCUUUAAAUCAAAGUUCAGUGCUAAGUCUAUGACUGUAGACUGUUCUAAGGGCAAAGCUGUGGUGUAUGGACAACAGGUUGCUGUUAUCGACACACCGGGCCUGUUUGACACCAGGUUCGGCAUGGAUAAAACAACUAAAGAUAUCUCCCAGUGCAUCUCUUAUGCUGCUCCUGGACCCCAUGUCUUCCUGGUGGUCAUCAGGCUGGGAAGAUACACAGAUGAGGAAAAGCAGACAGUGCAGAGGAUUCAAGAAAUCUUUGGCCAUGCUGCAGACAGAUACAGCAUGGUGCUCUUUACUCAUGGUGAUCUUCUUGAAGAUAUCACUAUUGAGAAGUUCUUGCAUGGAAGUUCAGACCUGCAGGAACUCGUAGCCAGAUGUAACAACCAGUACCAUGUCUUCAAUAAUAAACUGAAGGAUGGUGCUCAGGUCAUCGAGCUGCUCCAGAAGAUCAGAAAUAUAGUCCAGAAGAACGGAGGAAGCCACUACACCAACGAGAUGUUCCAAGAGGCCGAGAGAGCAAUUGAGAAGGAGAAACAACGCAUCCUUAAAGAGAAAGAAGAACAAAUACGCAGAGAACAAGAGGAACUGGAGAGGAAACUAAAGGAAAAAUAUGAAAAAGAGAUGAAGAAAAUGAAUGCCCAACUCCAGGCUGACAGAGAGAGGGAGAAGAAAGAGAGAGAGGAGGAGAGGAAGAGGGAUAAGGAGGAGAUGAAUGAGGAGAGGAAGAGAGAGAGGGAGGAGAGAGAGGCAGAGAGAAAGAGAGAGAGAGAGGAGAGAGAUAGGGAGAUGACAAAUAUGAUUAAUAAACUAAAGGAACAGCAUGACAGAGAACUCAGAGAGGAAAGAGAAAGGUUGCAGUACAGACAUGACAAUGAAGCCAGAGAUGAAGCUGAGGGGUUUAAUCCACUAUAUCAUCUGGUAACCGCUGGCAAAAUGAUACUUGGAGGAAUUAUACAAUUGGGGAGGGUAUUUGGGAGCUUGUUCAAAUAGUUCAGAACUAGAAUUGUCCUGAAUCAAUACAGCUGUAUUACUGAUACUGAUACAGUUAGUCCAAGGCAGACACUUUUUUUUUUUUGGAUGUUAGUUUCUUAAAAUAGAAGGGGGAAGUCAGAUUGAUCUUAAAUAAUGUUCAUAUAUUUAGUAACUUCUGCUCAUGCUCUCUUUUGUUGGAUGAUCACUUUUGCCAACUGAAGUAUUUUUAACCAGUUUAAAUGUUGCCUAUGGGAUUCCAAAUUGUCAAUUUGGUGUCACAGAUGUUAUGCUUGAAGUUUUAGUUGCACGUGCAGGAUUUCAUGACCUGAGAAUUUCAUUAUUUAAUCUUCCUUCAGAUUGUUCUGAGACACUGGUAGAACUGCAGUGUAAGAGCUGUGAAUGGAGAUAUAAAGUUGUCUGUCUGUGUAACUUUUGCUUUUUCCCAACUUUAUCUUCUUGCCAUAUUCUUACAACAUCUGCAAAACUUAUUGUAAAAGCUUGUCUCAUUAUGAGUGAUGGAUUAAUCACAGUUCUAAAUCACUGUCUGUGAUAUAUUAGACAAACAACAUGUAAUCAUAGGAUGCAUAUGAAUGUAAUAA